AUGUCAAAUCGGCCUACAGGUCAGGGAACACCUGUCAACAUCUCAGAUGACCACCAAGCCGUCCACAAGCCAGAAUUCUUUGUUUGCGCUGAUUGCGGUGAAUGUUUUCGUGAAAAAAAUGACCUGGACGAGCACGUUGUGCAUCACAAGGAGGAGAAGCCCAUUCCUUGUCCGCAGUGCGACAAAUCGUUCAAGAAGCGGGAAAAUUACGAGAUGCAUCUACGCCUGCACGCCGGGGAGGUCCUGUAUCCUUGUACGGAAUGUGAGAAAUUGUUUACCAUAAAAGCCACCUGUGACCGACACAUCAGGAGCCACAGCAUGGAGAGGCCCCACGUGUGCCGGCAGUGUGGCAAGUGCUUCCUGUAUAAUGGCUGCCUGAUUCGGCACCUCCGCACUCAUACCGGGGAACGCCCAUUUCCCUGUCCUGAGUGCGGCAAAUGCUUUCGACAAACGUCAGCACUCACCCGCCAUCUGAAAACGCACUCUGGGGAAAAACCCUUUGAUUGCCCUGAAUGUGGCAGAUGCUUCGCCAAUGAAUUUGAUGUUGUUCGACACAGAGAAACACACCGCAAUGAAGGAGAGAUCGUACAGUGCGUGGCAGCGAAUGAUGAGCUACCAACGUAUAUUAUCCUGUGA